AUGAACACGCAAUGGAACGGCGCCGCCCUCGAUCUCCUGAAACUCAAUGUCAGCUUCAAAGCUGUCCACCUGCCGCCCGAAGGCGUUGCGGCUUACGUCGAUGUCCAUAAGACGCAAAGGUUCAGGGCGACGGUCUGUGAGUCGGUCGGCUACGACAAUCAUGCCGGCGCAAGUGCCCCAGAUCGCCAUACCCGCCUGCGCCCUCUCCCGCAGCGCAUCCCGAAAGCCGUAGAUGUCUAUCAGUUGGACGAUCGUGGUGCUUUCGCCACCGGGGAUAAUCAGCCCGUCGAUCUCGUCUAA